AUGGCCCCAAUUACCCCUUGCUGUUUGCCCAGGUUCGGCUCAGUCACCGAACUGUCACAAAGACCAAUGUCCCUCCGCAUCAAUCCCAAUGCUGGCGAUGAUGCUCACUUGUUGUCAGCGUGGCGUGACAACAAGCUGUGUGCAGUCAUCCAAGUUACCUGGGGUCUGAUUCUUAGGUGUUACACGGGUUCUGACGAUGUCUGCUUUGGCUAUCGAUAUGUGGACGCUAAUGAGCAGAUCAACCCCACCGAAGGAUCAUCCAACACAAUGCAACCAACCACGGUGCAGUUGGUGAUAAACGAAGGAGAAUCCGUCAAAACGAUGCUUGCUGGAGCCAAUGGAGCAACUGUUGUUGACGAAGGCCGAAAUGCCAUCGUUGACAGCUACCGGCUCUACAACAGCGUUGUCCUGAUCCGUUCGUACAGACCUGACUCUCAGGGAACUGUGGAGCGGUCGGGCGUUUCUCCCUUGACCCUGACUCUCCCGCAAGAGUGCCUCCUACGACUUCACGUUAAGGUUAUUCGCGACAAUGUCCGCAUGUUCCUCGAAUGGCGGAAUGAUGGCAUGUCAAUGGAACAUGUGAAAGGUAUCGCUACUCUUUUCCAAAACCUACUGACCAAGGUGCUCUCACCGGAGGAUAUCCCGGUGAGCAACUUGAAUUAUUUUACAGACCCAGAUUCCCAGCGGAUCAGCACUUGGAAUGGUCCUGAGCCCCAGGUGCAUGAUCGUUGCAUCCAUGAUAUUAUUAGAGAACAAGUUAUUUCCCGCCCCCACGACGAGGCUAUCUGUGCCUGGGAUGGAAGUCUCUCCUAUCGGGAGUUUGACCAAGAAGCAACCAAAUUAGCCUACCACCUGCAGGAGCUCGGGGUUGGACCCGAAGUGCUUGUUCCCCUCUGCUUCGACAAAUCUAUGUGGUACUUUGUGGCUCUGCUCGCGGUUUUGAAAGCUGGAGGAGCUUUCGUUCCGCUCGAUCCCAAGCACCCACCAGCUCGACUUCAGUCACUCAUCAAAAAGGUGAAUGCGAGGCUUGUGCUAUGCUCCGAGUGGCACGCAGACCGCCUACUCGGCCUGACCGAAGUUGUCAUUCCGCUAUCACAAAUGACUUUUGAUCGCAUUCCAUCGGCACCAGUUGGUUUCAUUUCCUCGGAUGAAGUAAACUGUAGUAAUGCUGCAUAUGUCAUUUUUACUUCUGGAUCGACUGGAGAACCUAAGGGCACACUACUUGAGCAUCGUGCAUAUUGCUCUAGCGCCAUGGUCCACGGCCCCAGGCUUUUAAUCUUCCCAGACUCAAGGGUGCUGCAGUUUGCCGCUCACACAUUUGAUGCGAGUUUGGCUGAAUCAAUUUCGCCUCUUAUGCAUGGGGCUUGCGUCUGCAUCCCGAACGAAGAGGAUCGGUUGAAUGACAUCGUCGGUGCCGUAAAGCGGCUGCGCGCAAACUACGCCUCACUUACCCCAUCUUUCAUUGAAUUCAUCGAGCCCUCUAUGAUCCCAGAGGUGAAAACCUUGAUUCUUGCUGGUGAAGCAAUGAGCGAAACCCACCGCACCAAAUGGUCAACUAUCAACUUGGUCAAUGGAUUUGGUCCCACCGAGGCUUCAGUAACUGCGGCUAUUAAUUCCAAAGUUACCGCCACUACCGACUGCAGAGACAUUGGCCUACCACUGAACACUCGCUGCUGGAUUGUCAACCCUGAGGAUCACAAUCAGCUUGCCCCUGUUGGUGCUGUAGGAGAAAUGCUGCUGGAAGGCCCGACUCUAGCACGAGGAUACAUCAACAAUCCGUCGAAGACCGCGGAGGCGUUUGUUUACAACCCGCAGUUUGUGAGGUGCAUUCCCAACUCCAACCAAGGACGCCGUCGGUUUUACAAGACAGGGGAUCUUGUGCGAUACAAUAGCGAUAUCGGCUCCUUGACAUACAUCGGCCGAAAGGACAACCAGGUUAAGCUCCACGGCCAGCGAGUGGAAUUGGGUGAAGUAGAAGCUUGUCUGACAUCAGACGCUCUUGUCAAACACUGCGUUGUGUUUCUACCCAAGGCAGGCUACGCCCAGGGCAAGCUCACGGCGGUCUUGUCUCUCACCCACGGUGAUGGCCGGCAAAGCAAAGGAGAGCCACUGGAACUAAUCCCACGAGAGAUCCACAAGCAAUCAGUUUCAGCCCUCAGGGAGAGGCUAUCAGGUCGUCUACCUACAUAUAUGGUACCUGCGAUUUGGAUAUCGGUGGGCGAUAUGCCAUUCCUUCCUUCAAGGAAACUUGACCGCAAGGGCAUCCUGGCCUGGCUAAGCGGUAUUAACCGCAAUCCAUAUCUAGCCGAAACGGCACAAGCAACAGCCGACGCUGCAGUUGCACCAGUAAACGAUGUGGAAAGCAAGCUCGUCCAGGUUUGGAGCCGGCUUCUGAAUAUUCCUCCUGAACAGGUCCCCUUGCAUGAGAGUUUCUUGAAGCUUGGUGGUGAUUCUAUUUCAGCGAUGACCUGCAUGAACCUGUGUAAGAAACACGGAGUUACAGUCACCAUGCAAGACGUUAUUCGGAGCUCAUCUAUCAGGGAUUUGGCCUCUCGAGCCCAAGUAACAUCAAAUAUACCCUCUGCCUCUCACGAGGAGAAAGCCGAGGUGCCAUUUCCCCUCUCACCAAUUCAAGCUCUUCACUUCAAAGUUCGUCGAGAGGGCCAGGGAUACUUUAACCAAAGUAUCCUAACUCGGCUUAACCGACCCAUCGAGGCUGACAGCCUGCGGAAGGCAAUCGAUUCAUUGGUGCGUAAGCACUCGAUGCUUCGUGCUCGCUUCGAAAUUUCGUCAUCCGACAAUGAAAUAAAACAGCGCAUCACAAACGACGUCACUGGCUCGUACCGAUGGUCCCAUCAUCAUGUCGACUCCGAAAGCGAUAUUGAUCCUAUUGUUGCUGCUAGUCAGGGAUCCAUUUCUUGCUUUUCUGGACCCCUUUUUGCUAUCGAUCUCGUCGAUGUCAGAGGUAGGAGGCAAGUUCUGUCGAUGGUUGCACACCACCUCGUUGUCGAUAUUGUUUCCUGGAGGGUGAUCCUGCAAGAUCUGGAAGACACUCUCUUGAACCCUUCCCAAAACCUAGCUCCAUAUAUGCCAUUCCAGACUUGGCUUGAGUUACAAAGCCAGCACACGAAGCGAAUUGAAGAACAGGAACCGGAGUUAGAGACGUUACCCGCCGCGGACUUCAACUACUGGGGGCUCGCACCAGCGGAUAUUGUUUAUGGUGAUGUUAGCUGCGCAUCAUUUUGCUUGGACGAGAAUACAACGUCGCGCCUCAUGUCUGACUGCCAUGCACCUCUUCAGACUGAGCCUGUCGACCUCCUGCUGGGUGCCAUGUUAUUCAGCUUUGGCCAGACAUUUGUCGACCGACCCCUGCCUGUCAUUUACAAUGAGGGCCACGGUCGGGAACCAUGGGAUACUGCAAUUGACAUCUCACGGACCGUCGGGUGGUUUACUACACUUUACCCCAUUAUGAUAGAGAGCCCGAAGGAUGCGGUUGAGGCUCUCAUCCGGGUGAAAGACCGUCGCAGAAAGGUGUCUGACAAUGGUCGCUCGUCCUUUUCGCGUCGAACUCUUCAACAAUCGUCAAGCCAAUGUGCCCAUGACUGCCCAAUGGAAAUAAACCUUAACUAUCUCGGGCAGCACAGGGACCUCCAAAGGGCUGAUGGCCUCUUUCAGCUUGCAGAGCAGAUGGUUGGUGAGACCCGAGAAGGAGGUGGCUCUGCUGACUUUGGUCGUGAUACACCUCGCUUUUCCCUCUUUGAGAUUUCCGCGGCGGUGGUCAAUGGCCAACUGCGAUUUGUGUUCUCCUUCAGCGCCUCUAUGAAACGCAAAGACGAUGUCCAGCGCUGGGUAAGAUCUUUCCAGGACGUUCUGGAAUCCUUGGCGAUACAGUUGCCCACCCUGCCGCUUCAGCGAACCCUAAGCGACUUCCCUCUCAUGACGAUGACCUACCCAGAACUUUCCUUGUUGCAGACACAGAAGCUGCGCCGGCAUGGAAUACACUCAAUGGAUGAAGUGGAAGAUAUAUACCCUUGCUCCAAGAUGCAACAAGGUGUGCUUUUGAGCCAAGCCCGAGACCCCAUGCUUUACGCUGUUUCAGGUACCUGGGAGAUCCGAGCAGGGCCCAACGCGUCCCAGCCUGAUGUGCAGCGUUUGGUGGACGCAUGGAAUAAAGUGGUUGACCGCCACGCUAUGUUGCGUACAGUAUUUGCUACUGGGCUUAGCCGACGUCACCCGUUUAGCCACAUUGUUCUGAAGAAAUACACGUCGACUCCAGUGCUUCUUCGGUGCACCAAUGAUCAGGAUAUCAUUUCGGUGUUCAAGGAACAAUCACCGGCAGACUACCGCUCAGCAAAGCCGGCUCAUCGUCUUACGAUCUGCCAGAGCGCCUCUGGAACCACUGCCUGCAAACUGGAGCUUAGCCAUGCAGCUAUGGACGGUAAUUCUAUCUCACUAUUGCUCCACGACCUCCGAAGCGCGUAUGGCGGUGGCUUAGAUCAGAGAAGGAGGCCCCUGUUCAAGGAUUUCCUGCUCUUGCAACGUCAGCCAAAUAAACAAGGGAUCAGUCACUGGUGCGACUAUUUGUCUGGCUUACAGCCUUGCCACCUACCGUCGGACAUGAACAAGACGACCGGGCGUAAAACUCUCCAGUCCAUCCGCCUCGAUUUUACUGAUUUCAAUAAACUGCAGUCAUUCUGCUCGGCCAACAAUAUUACCGUGGCCAAUGCGUUUAAUGCUGCAUGGAGUCUUACUUUGGCUGAGUUUUGUCAGACAAAGGAGGUAUGUUUCAGCUACCUUACCUCGUUGAGAGAUGCCCCGGUCCCUGAAAUCGAAUCCAUGGUCGGCCCGAUUAUAAACCUUUUACCAUGCCGUCUAAGAAUCGCCUCACCCGACGUUGCUGAGAUCGCACGACGUAUUCAGGACGACUAUAUGGUGAACUAUGCAUACCGCGACGUCUCGCUGAUCGAUAUACAACACGCCAUGAAGUCAUCCAGAGUGUCGCUAUUCAACACCGGUGUUUCAUAUAGAAAACUCCCAAGUGAAAGCGGAGAUGAAUCAUCGAUGCAGUUCAAACCCGUUGGACGUAUCCAUGACCCUGCAGAGGUUGCCGUAUACAUUAACGUUGAAGCCACCGACAGCGAUGCCCAACUCGACUUGAACUACUGGAGUCAUUGGCUGUCGGACGCCAAAGCUGAAAAAGUUGCGGAUUGUUUCCUCCGAUCAUUAUCAGAAAUGGCCAGUAAAGCGACCUUAAAAUCAAUUGAGAGGCCGGCUUCUUUAUCGGAUGAUAUCACACAAUUUGGUCAACGAAGUAGACCUGCGGCACCAGAACCCACCCAUUGCGUCCAGGCUCUCAUCGAAUCACAGGCAGAAAAAACCCCAGAUGGCUUGGCUAUCGCGACUGGGAAACGAGACCUGACUUAUGGACUGCUGAACGAGUUCUCAUCCGCUUUAGCUAACUACCUAAUCAACUUAGGGGUGUUUCCUGGGAUAGAGGUGCCGAUUAGCUUCGACAACUCCGACUCUCCAUGGGCUAUAAUUACAAUCCUAGCAAUUUGGAAGGCAGGUGCAAUCUGCGUCCCCCUUGAGAUGGAUGCCCUAUCGGAAGACGCCCACGCUUGGAUGCAGGAAGCGGAUCUUCAGGUUGCCAUGUCCUCCCUGAACAGGGCAGAGUCUCUCGAGGAAAUCACUCCCUAUGUUAUUCCGGUCACAUAUGAAUUCCUUGAGGCCCUGGAGACCGGAGACUAUGUCUCUCACAACACACCGCUAACAGACUCGGCCUACAUUGCAUUCCCACGAGAGCUGUCAAAACGCAUUGUGCUCAAUCACCGCGAGGUUGCAGUCAGCUGCCUUUCGACCGAGGAGGGGUAUGUUCUGAAUCAAUGCCCCGCUACCCCGGAACUUGAUAGUGUAUCAAGCUACGAGUUUUUGGUCAAAACGUUCGGUACCCUUAGCCGCGGUGAUUCUCUCUCUGCGCCAAGGAGCACGAGUGACCUGGUUCCCAAGGAACAUCUGCUCCCAUCUACACCACUUGUCCCUACGGCCACGGAUGUACAUGAGGCUAGUAACACUAGUCCAAACAUUAGCAGUAUUGGUACUCCUGCCUUGACGCCUCGCCACUCACAGUCAAGUCUCAGUUCUGUCUCCGAGAUCGAGAAUCGCGAUAGCCACGCAAACAAGGACUCGGCAGAAACAAAACUUCGACGUAUUUGGGCUGAGGUAUUGGAAAUCGAUCCUGAGGACAUCAACGGUGACGACAGUUUCUUCGAGCUAGGGGGUGACUCUUUGACGGCCAUGAGCCUUGGAAGCGCCGCUCGAGCAGACGGACUCACGAUAACGGUUGCUGAUAUCUUCGCUUAUCCAGAGUUAAAGGACAUGGUCAAGUGCUGUGAGACCGUUGAGAUUCCCGUUAAGUCAUCCCAAAUAAUUAAGCCAUUUAGCCUUCUACUGGGUACCAUAAACCGCGAAGAGCUGCUUGCCGAAGUGGCGAGUAUCUGCGGCGUUUCGAAGUCCACAAUAUGCGAUGUGUAUCCAUGCAGUGCACUCCAAGAAGGCCUGAUCACUGCGUCAUUUCGACAACCGGGGGCUUACGUCGCGAAUCCCGUUUUGAAACUUGCACACAACGUCGAUAUUGACACGUUCAAGGCAGCCUGGCAGAAGACUGUUGACGAAAUCGAUAUCCUCAGAACAAGAAUUAUCCAUACUGCCGCUGCGAACUUUGUUCAAGCCGUCCUGAAACCUUCGCCAAUUGACUGGGACCAGAGUGCAUCUGAUGUUGCUACUCGUCAUGGAGGGCACUUGGCCGGGUAUCGCAUCAUGGACACUGGAUAUUCACGGACAUUCACCUGGUCUAUUCACCACUCAAUCUAUGAUGGAUGGAGCUUGCCUCUCGUGUUUGGGAAGGUAGAAGAAAACUAUUCGAUUUGUCAGAAUGCUUCACGGCCAUCAGUUGGCAAGCAGAUGGUUCCUUACAGCGCUUUUAUCGACCACCUUCAGAAGCGUGAUGUAGCGGCAUCUGAAAACUUCUGGCGAACUUACCUACGCGAUAUCUCAGCGCCCCCAUUCCCUGACAUAAGAAGUGCCGGAGUGUCCAAAGUCAUCUCCUCGAACCGCCUUCAAGUUAGCACCCACAUUACUCCCCAGAGGAAGGAUGUCACACUCCCGGCUUUGGUAAGAGCGGCUUGGGCAAUUGUCCUUUCUCUGCACACUGAAUCCGGGGAUGUUUGUUUUGGAGAAACAAUCAUGGGGCGAAAUAUCGAAGUCUCUGGCGCUGCGGAGAUUGCGGGCCCGCUGCUUACCACGGUGCCGACUCGAAUUGCUGUUGAUUCCAGUAUGAAGGUAACCGAAUACCUUGAGCGUGUGCAUCAAUCUACAGCUACAAUUAUUCCUCAUCAGCACGUCGGACUCCAGCGUAUCAGGAAGCUAAGCGAAGAUGCCCGCAAGGCUUGCGACUUCCAAAGCCUCCUAGUCAUCCAGACUGCCAUGAAGGAGAUGGAUUCAGGCAUUUGGUCUGUCGAAACUACCGAGACAAACCAAGAAUUCUUCACGUACCCACUCACAGUCGAAUGCAAAGUGUCCGAAACGGUGAAUCUUACUGCGUACUUUGAUGAUCGGGUGAUUCCAGCCUCGCGUCUCAAACGAGUCUUGGGGCAGUUCAGUGUCGUGUUGAACCAGCUUGCUGCUUCUCCGCAGUUUGAUACCAAGCUUCUUUCUGACCUGGAGGUAGUUUCCGAAGAUGACCGUACAGAUAUGGAGGCAUGGAAUCGUGAGAAACCAACGUUCGUGAACCGAACCAUCCACGAACUUGUCAAUGACCAGCGGUUGAAAUACCCUGACUCGCCAUCCGUAGCAUCCUGGGACGGCAACCUAUCGUACGAAGAGCUCCUUGACACGGCCUCCGAAUUUGCAAAACAUCUUUCAGGACUGGGUGUUGGUCCCGAAAUGCUUGUCCCGAUAUGCAUGGACAAGUCCGUUUGGAUGAUCGUGACGAUAAUGAGCAUCCUUAUUGCAGGUGGUGCAUUCGUUCCCUUGGAUCCUGCGCACCCCGUCUCCAGACACGAGGAGAUCUUGGAGGAAACCGGAGCAAAGAUAUUGCUGUGCACACCAAAGUACCAGAGCCGCUACCUUGGUAAGGUAGCAACGGUGCUAGGCGUGGACCAGAGAACAGUGAAAUCAUACCAGGCUUCCCCUGCGAGUGUUUCCAUGCGUGCCACCAGUUCCAAUGUUGCAUACGCGAUCUUCACCUCCGGCUCAACUGGUAGACCAAAGGGCAUUAUUAUCGAGCACCGGGCAUUUACGAGCAGUACCAUGGCAUAUGGUCCCAUAAUUCACCUGAAGCCUGGCAUUCGCGUCUUCCAAUUCGCAUCUCUCACCUUUGAUGCAGCGGUCAUGGAAAUCUUAGGCACCUUGAUAUUCGGUGGCUGUGUUUGCAUCCCUAGCGACGAAGAGCGCUUGAAUGACAUAUCAGGCGCUAUCAAACGCUUGGAUGCUUCUUGGCUUUUCUGCACCCCUUCACUGGCCAGCAUUAUGGAGCCAUCGUCAGUCCCCUCACUGAAAGUCAUUGUGUGUGGCGGGGAAAUGAUGUCGCACGAGGCUAUGACCAAGUGGUCAGACAAAGUCCACUUCAUCAAUGCAUACGGCCCAACUGAGACAUCCGUCUACGCCACAUUCAACCCGAAUAUCGGCAAAGACCGCAACCCGGCUAAUAUUGGUAAAACCAUCCCAUCUACUCACGCCUGGAUUGUGGACCCGAACAACCAUGACCGUUUGUACCCUGUGGGAACAGUUGGGGAGCUUGCAUUGGAAGGCCCAGUGCUUGCACGGGAAUAUCUCAAAAACCCUGAAAAGACUGCAAGUGCCUUCAUAACGAACCCUAAGUGGGCACGAGCCAAAGCCCACGGCAAAUCCAAUCGUCGUAUCUAUCUCACGGGCGACCUAGCACGCCUGACCGUCGAUGGGUCACUUGAAUACGUCGGUCGUAAAGACAAUCAAGUGAAACUCCAUGGGCAACGGAUGGAGCUGGGAGAGAUCGAAUACCGACUUCAUGAACACCCACAUGUACGACACGUCGUGAUUGUUCUCCCCAAGGCAGGGCGCCUACAAAAGCGCCUGGUCGCCAUCCUUUCUCUGAACAGCCUGUCCACCGAGACUAGCCUUAUAUCCUCUGCCGGCUGCAGCCUCGUUGCAGAACACUUAAUGGAGCAACAGGGUAUGGCUGAGCUAAUGGAGGUCCAAGGUAACCUCGCCAGCCAACUUCCACCUUAUAUGGUACCCCAAACGUGGGCGGUCAUCGACUCGCUUCCAAUGCUUGUUUCCGGCAAGAUUGAUAGGAAGAAGAUCACUAGUUGGGUUGAGGCCGUGGAUGAUACCACAUAUAACAGAGUGAUGAGAGGUUACGACAAACUCAAGCGCAGCAAGGCCGCUGUGUCAAGAACAUCCGUAUCGCGCAAGAAAGAUGACACAUUGUCCGUUUUGCAGGAAAUAUUAGCCCAUGUUCUCAAUACCCCAGCAGAUAAGAUUGACGUUGGCAUGCCAUUUACCAGUAUAGGUGGCGACAGUAUCACCGGAAUGGCCCUUGUCUCCCAUGCUCGCAAACGUGGUAUUACCCUUUCGCUUCUCGGUAUUCUUCAGGCAACGUCGGUGAAAGAACUAGCGAAGGCUGCUGAGACGGGUGUUAAGAGUCUGAACCAAACCGAAGAUUCUGAUAGUUGGUUUGAUCUUUCCGCUAUUCAAAAGUUUUACUUUGAGUAUGCCGCGGAAUUCAAAGGGUCAGCUCGCUUCAACCAAAGUAUCACUCUACAACUGCCCCGUCGGAUUGAACCCUCAGUUAUCGCCAACGGACUCAAUGCCAUUACCAAAAGGCAUGCUAUGUUAAGAGCUCGAUUCAGGCAGGUUAAUGGAAGGUGGGAGCAGCAGAUCAUCGCAGCUGGUGAGCGUUGUUACAAUUUCCAAGUCACUCCCUUGCGAGAGGAGCAUGACCUUCAGCGCAUGAUUGCGAUAACACAAAACAACAUCGACCUUCAGAACGGCCCUGUUUUCGCCGCCAAUUUAUUCGAGGCCCCUGGCGUCGAUCAGAUCCUCUUCCUUGUCGCCAAUCACUUAUGUGUUGACAUGGUAUCGUGGCGCCUCAUCCUUCAGGAUCUCGAGGAGUUCGUUCACUCUGGCUCUCUUACACCCGACUGGCCGUUCCCAUUCCAGAACUGGUGCGCGAAGCAACUUGAACACUGCAGAAAGGGCGACUACCAGAACCAUCUCCCGUUUUCUCCAAAACCAGCCAUGCCAGAGUACUGGGGCAUGAAGAAUGUCCCAAAUUGCUAUGGAGAUGUGAAGAUGAAGAAGUUCUCGUUGAGCACGAAGAAAACCGCUCUGGCGCUAGACAAGUGCCAUGCACGCCUUAGAACUGAGCCACUAGACUUGUUUUUGGCCGUGCUGAUGCACUCCUUCCGGAGGACCUUCGCUGAUAGGGAAGUCCCAACUGUUUAUAACGAAACCCAUGGUAGACAUCCCUGGGAUGGUGAUAUCGACCUGUCAGGAACUGUCGGUUGGUUCACGUCCAUAUGCCCCCUUCCAUCAACUCUGCCAUCUGAACCACCAGAUGACAUUAUUGAUACGCUCCGAAUGGUCAAGGACGCGCGUCAUAAGACCAUCAAUUUUGGGUCUUCCUUUUUCGCCCAGAGCGUCCUUGCACCCCAGAACGGAAAUCAAUCCUUACCAAUGACCCUUCCGUUUGAGAUUGUUUUCAAUUACCUGGGCAAGCUCCAGCAGCUAGAGCGGAGUGACUCCUUGUUUCAACACUAUGGUAGGGCCUAUGAUGAGAAUGACUUCAUGGUAGCCGGGGAUAUGGGUCCGCACACUCCUCGGUUCUCAUUGUUUGAAGUCUCGGCGAUCGUUAUCCGAGACCAGCUCCAAUUCUCGUUUACUUAUAACAAGAAUAUGCAACACCAAUCCCGGAUCAGCCGUUGGAUAUCCGAGUGCGAGUCGACUCUUUAUGAAGCACUCGACAUUCUUCAGCAUGACUCGCAGCUUGAAGCCAUGCCCUCAGAUUACCCGUUGUUGUCGACCUCACAAAAGAAUCUGCAGGUACUCUUUAAAGAAACUCUACCAAAGCUCGGAGUCCACGACCGCGACCUCGUUGAAGACAUAUACCCUUGCUCGUCCAUGCAGGAAGGGAUUAUGUUCAGCCAGCUCCGCGACCCCUCCGCCUACAUUCUCCAUACCAUCUUCAACGUCAGGGACACACGAAACAACGAACCCAUCAAUAUUCCACGGCUUCGCAAGGCAUGGCAAAUGGUGGUAAACCGCCAUUCUAUUCUGCGAACUAUUUUCGUCGAUAGUAACUCGAAGGAUGGAUCAUUCGACCAAGUUGUUUUAAGGAAUCUCCAUGCUGACAUGGUGGAGCUCGAAUGCAACGACUCUAAUAUACUAGAGCAACUCAACAAGGUAUCCCUUGGAGAGACAAACCGCAAACACGGUAUGAAGCACUUGCACCAGGUCACUGUGUGCAAGGCAUCCAACGGUGCGGCUAUAAUGAAGCUCGAGAUGAAUCAUGCAAUCAUUGACGGAGCAUCGGUUGGGGUCCUUCUGAGAGACUUUUCAUUGGCAUACGAGCGUCAACUCCCCACGCAGCCCGGCCCGUCUUAUCGUGACUACAUCGCACACAUGCGCAGCCACGCCAGCGAAGACGGCCUUCAAUUUUGGACUAAAUAUCUGCGUGGCGUUCAACCCUGUCAUCUCCCAGCCUCUGGGCAAGGUACAAAGGAACUAAAGUCUGUCAAAAUGGACUUCCACCGCUUUACAGAGUUAAGAAAGCUAGGUCAAAGAGAGUCAGUUACUCUCGCGAACUUGAUACUUGCUGCAUGGUCCAUCGUGCUUCGGGAGUUCACGGGUACCCAGGACGUUUGCUUUGGUUACUUGUCUGCCGGACGUGAUGCACCCGUUGCUGGUAUCCAGGAGGCGGUUGGAAUAUUCAUCAACAUGCUCUGCUGCCGCGUGCAAUUCUCACCGGGCCAGUCGCUAGCAGAUACUUUCAAAGGAGUCCAGGAUGACUUCUUCCGCAGCAUUCCGUAUCAAUCCUGUUCAUUGGCAAAUGUACAGAGUGAGCUCGGCUUGGAUGGCCAAAUGCUAUUCAACUCCGCUCUAUCUAUCCAGAAUAAGAUGCCGUCUGCUAAUUCUGGGGCCGAUGCAUUGUCCUUUGAUAUCCAACAAGCGUAUGACCCUAGCGAGUUCCCCGUCACGGUGAACGCGAUGACCACGCAGGGCGGCGAGGGUAUACUUCUCCGGUAUUGGUCUACCGCUAUAUCGGAUGAGCAGGCAAAUCUCCUAGUGUCAGGAAUCGCGCGAGUAUUUGUUGCUUUUAUCGAAAACUCAUCAGGCACGGUUGAAACCGCCGGGAACCUUGUCGCCCCCGAGCCUCAACAACUCGGGCAGAUGAGCGCUCAGGGCAGUCUUCGCCGGAGAAGCAGUGUCAGAUCCAGAUCUCCAAGGCUUUCAGUCAGCGAUCCUCUUAUCCAACAGCAGAUCGAUAAGCGGGUCAAUGAGAUCCUAAGCCGAGUUUUGAAGAAAGAGGACCUAGCCAAACUACAGGAACCCAGCCGUGAUGAAACCACCCAACAUCCAGCCAACACAAUGUCCAAUUCUGAUUACCCAAGCGAAGUCCCGGUCUCGCCAGUCUCUCGUAUGUCUUCCAUACGCCGUCGUUUCUCAGUUAUUUCUCGAACAAGCCGCCACCGAAUGUCCAUGGACCUCGAAAAGAAACUUUUGAUGCUUUGGUCGUCGGCAUUAAAUCUACCCAUCGACAGCAUCGACCGACAGGACAGCUUCUUUAGUGUUGGGGGUGAUAGCGUCAAAGCAAUGAAGAUGGCCAGCGCAGCUCGUGACGAGGGACUCGUAAUGACUGUGGCAGAUGUCUUUCGAAACCCAGUCUUUGACGAUAUGCUAGCCGUCAUAUAUUCAACUGCUAUUGUCCACACUGCUCCGAUGGUCCCCAGUGAGGCCAUUCAAGAGGAAUACCACUCAGGGUCCAAAAAAGUUGGGGAAAUCGUGGACGACAGCUUUCCCUCGGGCACGGUCUCCCGCCAGUCUCUUCAUAUUACGAAUGUUCAGGACAUGCCAAUUGACUCGCUGCCUGACGAUAUCUGUCCCAAGGUCGGACUUUUCAAGGGAGGCAUCGCCGACGUCCUUCCGGUGACUGAUUUCCAAGCCAUGUCUCUGACGGCCCAAUUAUUUGAAUCCCGGUGGAUGUUGAACUACUUCUACCUCGACGGCGAAGGGCAGCUUGACCUCAGACGGCUUCGCGAGAGCUGCGCCCGUAUCGUUGAUGCAUUCGAUAUCCUUCGAACUGUCUUUGUGUGCUCAGGAGCCAAUUUCUACCAGGUAAUCCUCAAAAAGGUCCGGCCGUCUAUCGCGAUUUACGAGACUCAAACGGACCUCGACACCUUCACGGCUAGCUUGCAGCAGCGAGACCGGGACCAAGGCUUGCCGCAAGGCGAACAGUUUGUUCAAUUUGUGGUGGCCAAGCGCCAGGGCACAAACCAACACCGUCUUCUCAUUAGAAUGUCGCACGCUCAAUACGAUGGCAUGUGCGUUUCCAAAAUCUUUGAAGCUCUUAAGCAAGGGUAUGAGGGGGGCACUUUAGCCCCGGCUAUGCCGUAUUCCAGUUACAUGCGCCUGCUACCAAGUUCCAUUUCCGCCGACCAUUACGAAUACUGGACAAACCUCCUAAAGGGAUCACGGAUGACAGAAGUUGUGUCGCGAGAUUAUCCCAACAGAUACCAGACUAUGGGUGCCUCCACUGAUGUUAGCACAACGAUCAAUAUCGGCCAGAAUUCAACGAUCGGAAAUAUCACGGUUGGGACAAUUGUCCAAGCGGCGUGGGCUCUUGCUCUUGCGCGAUUAUCUGCCGACGCCGAUGUUAUAUUCGGUUUGACGACCAACGGGCGUAACGCAUCUAUUCUUGGAGUCCAAGAUGUGGUUGGCCCCUGUCUCAACAUUAUCCCCGUGCGAGUGACAUUUGGCAAUAGAUGGACUGGGCUUGAUCUAAUCAGAUAUCUCCAAGAUCAGCUGGUUGCUACGAUGCCUUACGAAUCCCUUGGGUUCCGCGAAAUCAUCCAGCGUUGCACUGAUUGGCAUUGCAGCACAUUCUUUUCGACCGCAGUUCUUCAUCAGAACGUCGAUUUUGAGGGUCAAAUGAGUCUAGAUAACACCCAGUAUCGUGUCGGUGCGGCCGGGGCAGUCGACAACUUGGCUGAUCUCACUCUGGUCUCCAAAUCCCUAACACCGAACCAGAUCAGCCUCACAUUAGGAUACUCCUCUACGGGGCCCAUCACAGAGAUUUUCGCAUCUCGAGUACUUCAUCUGGUGGCCGACACCAUCGUCACCCUUACUACCAACCCUACUGCUCCGCUUCCAUCGCCGACCACCCUCCGCUCCCUCCCUCCCCAAACUGUCCCUGAUCUCCCCAGGAUCCCUGACCACGAGAUUCUAACUUCCCAAUUGAAGAGUCAAAACAUCUCCGACAUCCUGCUGCAUUCCGCCAUCCUCAGCCGAACCUGGCAACAGGUUCUGCCUGCUAUGCAAUCCAACCAGAAGACAUUCCAACUCGACACCUCUUUCUACGAUUUGGGCGGUGACAUCUUUGCUCUCGGUCAAGCAACAUGGCUUCUCCAACAAGAAGGGUAUCAAAUCCGCAUCGAGGACCUACUUGAUCGACCCACGUUUCUGGGACAUAUGGCAGUACUGGCGCACGAUGCUAUGGGUCAGGCUCUCCACGAGGACUCGAUCAAUGCGCAGCGAGAAGAGGCUCCCACUCCGGCCGAGAAGGCCGAGAAGAAGGUUCGGUGGAAGAAGGCAUUCGGUAUUAUGGGCAAGUUCUCCAAGAGGGAGAGUAUUUCAUCAUAA